UGUUAAACGUCUCUCUCUUCCUAUAUAACAGAAUACGAUACACAGGAACAACUACCAGACCCAUUUUCUCUCUCUUUUUCCCUUAUAACCCAUUGUUUUCUUGUUUUUCUUCGUCAGACAAGCAUGGUGGCUCUUGAAAUAGGUCUAUCAAAAGCCAUGAACGCAAGAAUCAUCGGCUCCGGUAGCGAAGUCCUGGUUCUUGCACAUGGGUAUGGAGGAGAUCAGAGUGCUUGGGAUAAAAUAGUUCCAAACUUGUCUAUGCAUUUCAGGAUUCUGGUUUUUGACUGGAUAUUUUCUAGUGCUGUUACAGAAAAUCAAGAAGGAGAAGGGCUUUUUGACCCUGAAAAGUACUCUUCUUUUGAUGCUUUUGCUGACGACUUAAUUUCUCUUAUAGAAGAGAUGAACCUUAAAUCACCACUAGUUUUUGUUGGUCAUUCCAUGUCUGGUAUGAUUGGUUGCAUUGCUUCCAUUAAGAGGCCUGACCUUUUUCAGAGAUUGAUACUUAUUGCAGCUUCUCCCAGGUACAUAAAUGCAGAUAAUUAUGAAGGAGGGUUCAAGAGCUCAGAUAUUGACAGUUUAAUUAAAAACAUAGAAACCAACUUCCAAAACUGGGUUCCAUGCUUUGCUGCUGUUGUUAUGGAUUCAAAAGAUCCUGAAUCAGUAGAGAAGUUUAUAAAUUGCUUGUCUAACAUGAGGCCUGAAAUUGCCCUCUCAAUAGCCAAAACUGUGUUUUACUCCGAUGAAAGGGACAUUCUUGAAAAGGUUCAGGUUCCUUGCACCAUAAUUCAACCAUCAAACGACAUUGUUGUGCCAAACUCAGUUGCAUACUACAUGCAAGAGAAGAUCAAGACAAAAUCAACGGUGGAGAUUAUAGAUAGUGAUGGCCAUUUCCCUCAUCUAACGGCACACCAGCAGUUACUUGACGUGCUUAAUGGGGCAUUAGGACUUGCAAACAAUUAGACUGUUCUGUUCUGGUUUUUCAGGAGCAAAAUAUGGUAAAAGAAUAAUAAAUUUCUGUUGGGUAGUUCUUGUGUGUUCAUAAUUUGAUGGAAGGAAUUAAAUAGUAGGACUUUAAUGUAACAUUAUGGUUUUGGUUUGUAUUAGUGUUGUGGGUUUAACUGUAUUUUAUAUAUGAGUGUGAUUAUGUAGUUGGGAUUUGUUGGUUUUAUUAUUAAUAUUUGUAAAUUCUUUUUCUUUUCUGUUAUUUAAUGUUCAGGAUUUUCUUUGUUUAUGUGAUCUUGUUACUCUGAAAUGUAAUAUAUACUUGAUAGGCAUGUCUAUGGCA